UUAAGCGCAACCAUAACACCGCCCCAAUCGCUGGGCAUCUCUAAGGGCUCAUACAAUGUGGCGGUCACUUUCGACAGGCGCCGUAUCACGUCGUGCAACUGCACGUGUCCGGGCCCGUCGUGGUGUUCGCACGUGGUCUCUGUCUGUCUCUUUCGCAUACAUCAGCCAAACCAAGUAUGUCUUCGCGCGCCGGUAUCCGAAUCGCUGUCCCGCUUGCAUAGGGAUCAGCUCCAGAAGUUUGCUCAGUACCUGAUCAGCGAAUUGCCACAACAAAUACUGCCCACCGCUCAACGACUGUUGGACGAGCUGUUGUCCAAUCAGUUGACGGCCAUCAAUACGGUGUGCGGAGCGCCCGACCCGACCGCCGGCGCUUCGGCUCAGGAACAGACCAAAUGGUGUUUAGACGAGUCUCAACUCCACGAGAAUAUACGCAAAAUACUGAUCAAACUAUGCGUUCCGUCGCCCAUAGUGUUCAGUGACGUGAACUACUUGUCCUCCACAGCGCCACCGGCGGCGGCCGAGUGGUCCAGUUUGUUGAGGCCAUUGCGCGGCCGCGAACCCGAAGGCAUGUGGAAUCUGUUGUCGAUUGUGCGCGAAAUGUUGCGCCGAUCCGAUCGAAACGCCAUACCGUUGCUGGAGAUACUCACCGAAGAGGUGUUGGCCUGCGAUCAGAUAAUCUUGUGGUGGUUUAACACGAAAGUGUUACUUCACGCCGGUAUCAACGGUCACGGGAAUAGGGCCUCCAUUCACAGCAAUACUCACGCCUCACAACACGCCUGUAGUUCGCUGUGCGACGAGAUUGUGGUGCUCUGGCGUCUGGUGGCACUCAAUCCGGCGCUAUCGCCAAAUGAUGGUAAAAUGUUUUACAAUCAACUCCACGACUGGCACCUGAAGACACUCGAGCGGGUGCUCAAAAUGCGGACAACUGUUAACAAUGGGAACAACGGUAACGGCAUUAAGAAGUCCGAUAUCGAUGUGUUUCCUGGCUUUAAGCCGGCGAUGGAGGGCUGUCUCAUGGAUUGGAGUGAUUACCCGAUCCCUGGCAUCACUUACUACUGUAUUCGCAGUAAUCGCUGGUAUACGCCUCCAGUGCACGCCUCCACUCACUCGUCGCUCAUCUCUUCGUCGGCGUGUCAGCCAUCAGCUGUAGAUAACGCCAACACAUCGAGAGUGGCUGUCGUCGGCCGUAGGGGUCGUUCCGUCGAGAUUGGCGGCGCCCAGACUUCAUCCACUCAAUCGCCCAACCAUUUGAAUGAUACCAAAGCGAUCGCAUCGACAUCAUCGCAACCACAGCCAUCCACAUCAAAGGUCACUCAUUCGCCGCAUAUGAUGUCCGCCGCCUCUUCUGCGGUCAACAUCGGCUCAAAGAGUGGUAAACUGAAUGAAUCCAAUCGGAGUUCGUUGAGUAGCGAAGGUUUUUGCGAAACAGAGAAUGAGACCUUUGAUGAGGCGAUGGCACCCAUUGAGUCCACCUCUAAGCUGCCCGAAGCUGUUAGGUCUGCCGCCGCCGUUGCCAGCGCUGUCUUGAGAGACAGCAGCAGUGAUAGCACUGAUAUGAUUGCCGACGAAAACGGCAGUGAUCUGAGCGCCGACUGCGGCGUUAGUGUCAACCCUCUGGACGCCAACAGCAAUGCCGUGAAUAACACGCCGCCCGUCGACAGAGCGGUGGCCAAAGAGGUGAAUGAAUACGAGUUAUAUUAUUACGACCCGAAGGCUAACGAGAAUAAAAACGGAAACUCAUUGACCGUCAAAAUACAAGCCCUGAAGACCGCGAAAGGGGAUGAAAGUGACGAACGCGUGAGUGUUGUGGUCAAUAAGAUUGAAGAUCCCAUUGAAGUGCUGUUCGCCAGAGCGGAAGCACUGCACGCUCACGGAAGGACUCUCGAGGCGUGUCUGUUGGCCGUCAAAUUGGCCGAAGAGUUACUCUCCAAUCCGCCCAAUCUGUUGAUCGAGACGCCGAGUCCGCCCGCGCGCGGCAAACGUAACCGCCGUUUCAAUCCGGUCUGCCAUCAGGUCUCGCUUCUGGUGUCGGCCACUCUGUCGAAGGCGGCCUUCUUGUGCUCAGUGUUGGGCGAGAACUCCGACUAUCACUACCUGGCCUUCCGAGUGGGUCUGUUUGGUCUGGAGAUCGCUCGGCCGCCGGCCUCGACGAAGGCUCUGGAGGUGAAACUCGCGAAUCAAGAGCAGGAUCUCGUGCUUCUCCUCAAACGCAUCCCAUUGUCGUACAAAAUGAUGCAAAUUGUGAGAGAAAAGGCCGAACAGUUGAGAGACGGACUCUUGACCACUAGAGGCGAGGCUUUGUUGCCACUCAUGUUGGCCUCAUAUAUAUUUGACGCACUCGUCUUAGCGUCCAUUCAGAACCAGUCGCGAGCGAAUCCCGUGAACAACAUUAAGAUACCGACUGACGAGCGGUUGGGCUUCGAGGCCGCUGUGGCCGCACUCGGACUCAAAGCCAAUGUGUCCGAAGCCGAACACCCGUUGCUCUGUGAGGGCACUCGUCGUCAGAGGGGAGAACUGGUUCUCACAUUAUUAGUACACUAUAAAGACGAUCAGCAAAAGUUGCAUAAAAUUAUGGACAAACUCCUCGACAAAGAAGUGCACCAAAUGUACAGAACCUCUGCCGACAGUUUCGGCAGCAAUUCGUCCAAUGGUAACGCAAACACCACUACAUCCACACCGACGGCCACAACGCCGUCGAAGACUGUCAGUGGCAGCGCUCAGGACGUGAGUAACGCCAACAGCGCGGCCGUAGAGACUGACGACACCCCACCACCGGUGGUCUCACCGCCGUUGGCCACCAAUGAGCCGAACACCGCGUUCACAACCAGCGGCCCAUUGGACGCGACCCGAGGCACUGAAACGACGGUCACUUCGCGUGACUUCAAAGCCCCGAAUAAGUCUAAAUGUGAUUCCGAGACGCGACCAGAGGACGCGUCGAGUCCGUGUUGGGACGAAGACUACAAGGCAUGGGAGGCCCGCUUCCGGUGCACUAACUUUAGGACAAAUAAGAAACACUCGGUCGGAAUGGCCAGCAUUGACAGCAGCGCACCGGAGACCACGUCCAGCGACAACUCGCCAACAGUGGUGCGCCGCUCGAUGUGGAUAAGGCCCGGCGGACCGGGCAGUGACAGCGGCAGUAGCGGCGAGAGUAGCGACUCGUUCUCGUCCAGCUCUUCGGGCGACAAAGCGAACCGCAAUUUGGCGCGCGAUGUCGAGAGUCCCAAAGUGAGUGCAGUCGCCCAACGACUGGCCACUGUUUGCACGGUUACCGAUCCCACGACUGUGCCGUCCAAUUCCGGACGUUUAACGGCAGCCGCUGCGGCCGCUUCCACCUCUUCGCCCGCCGCCGGCCCCUCAACCGUCACAACCCCUCCCAACCCGCCGGCGGCCAGCGCUGUGACCAUCACUCCAUCCGCCGCGUGCUGUAACAACACAGCUCUGGUGACCAACAGUUCCCCAUUGGUGUCCAAUUCGACGAUAAAACCGAUUCGGUUUAAGGGAAAGCGCGCCUACCCUUCCAUACCGAACCAGCCAUCGGAAGCGUCCGCGCACUUCAUGUUUGAAUUGGCCAAAACAGUGUUGGUUAAGGCCGGCGGCAAUAGCACCACAGCCGUGCUCUUCACCCAACCCUCGGCCACACAGAACUGUCGCGGACCCCACCGUUCCCUACAUAUGUGCGCCUUUCAGAUCGGUGUCUACGCCCUCGGCCUCCACAACACGGUGUCGCCCAACUGGUUGUCGCGCACCUACUCGUCGCACGUGUCGUGGAUCACGGGUCAGGCCAUGGAGAUCGGCAACUCUGCCAUCAAUUUCUUGAUCGAGACCUGGGAGGGACACCUGACUCCGCCCGAAGUGGCCUCACUGGCCGACAGGGCUUCCAGGGGUCGCGAGCCCACUAUGGUUAAGGCGGCGGCCGAACUGGCGCUGUCUUGUCUGCCACACGCGCACGCACUCAACCCCAAUGAGAUCCAGAGGGCGUUGAUUCAGUGCAAAGAGCAGAGCAACGAUAUGCUGGAGAGGGCGUGUCUGGCCGUGGAAUCGGCCGCGAAAGGCGGCGGUGUUUACCCGGAGGUGCUCUUCGAAGUGGCCAAGAAGUGGCACGAGCUCUACGAAGAGAGCCUUCAAGAGAGGGGCCGGAAUCACCUGCAGAGGCAUUCGCACCGAAACAACGCGGGGGCCGGCGAUUCGUUGGCCAAUGUCAUUGAUAUGCAGCCCUCAGCCGUUGUCAACAGUAUUAACGCCAACCUAUGUAUGGGUGAUGGCGUUCAAAGCCACCUAAUGCUCCACCAACCGGACCGUCAGCCACAGUACGAUCCUAUAAUGGCGGGCGUCUCGCAGGCGUCCAUUAUGCCAGUGGUCUCCCACUCGAGCGCCGUUCCCCCGAUGCCAACCAUGCAAAUGAUGCCAUCGCUGUCCUGCGCGCCCACCGGUCCGUUCGCUCUGCCGCCGCACCCGAACGCCACGUAUCCGUUUGGUUACUAUCAAAGUAUAGCGCCGUUUCCUCAACAGAUGCCUCCCUUUCAGUAUAUAUCGACGGCGCCGGCCUGUCCUCCCUAUCCCUACCAAUUCUACUCAAACCCUGUGACCACAACAUCGGCGGCACCGAUGCCACACUUGCGUAAUGUCAUGACUCCCGUCGUGUUCCAGAAUCAGCCACUCAUGCCUUCGGUAAGCGUUGCCCAAAGUGUUGCCCAACAACACCAUCAACAGCAGCAACAGUUCCCGCGUCCGCAUAUCAUCACAAUCGCCACCAGCGGCUCUCACGGCCAGCACACCAUACACCUGAACGCGGCCGGUGUGCCCACGCUAUCCGGCCCUCAACCCCAUCAACAGCUCCAACAACUCAAUCAGCGACAGUUGGGUUACCUUCUGUCCGCCUAUAGGGUCGGUAUGUUAGCCAUGGAAACGCUGGCCCGACGGGUGCACGACGACAGGCCUCAGGCCAAGUACGCUAAGAACCCGUCGUACGGCGAAGAUGUGAAAUGGUUGUUAAAUGUGGCCAAAAAACUGGGGACGUCAUAUUUGCAAGACUUCUGCAUUUGUACCGUCAAUUCGGUCGCCUCGCCGUUCGUAUUGCAUGAGAUAGUGUUAGACACCGCACAAUACUUGACCCACUCGUCGGGCAACCCGGGCAUCGCUCAUCCCAUUCGCUCACACCUACUGACGCCACUCAUCCAGAAAUGCCAACAAAUGUUCAUAGCGUGCACACACUUCAAGAUGUAUCACAUAACGCCCGCCGACUACGACGAGUUCGUGAUGACCAUACGGGCCGCCCGAUCGGCGUUCCAGAUGACGCCCGGCGGGAACAUACAGUUCAACGAACUCUUACAGUCGUUACGGCGGUCCAAGUCGUGCAAAAAGGACUUAUGGCAACACAUCGCCACUUCUCUACAAACAGCCAUUUGA